AUGGCUUCCUGGGCUGCCCUUAACAUACUCGAGGAUUCGGAGGACGAAGAAGUUGCCGAUAAUACACAAGAAAUCCAAAUCGAAGAGGCUCUCAAACUACAUCAGAAGGCAUUGAAACUACACAGCGAGAAGGAAUGGAAGUCGGCUGGUGAGACUUUCGAAGAAUUAUUCCGUUCGGAGAUCUUUCAGCAGGAUCAGACGGAGGAUGCAUUACGGCUACGAAACAUAUUGUACCUGGCAUAUCGGGGGUAUGCGGAGUUCAAGCUGGAUCUCAUGAAAGCAAGGGUGAAUGAAUACUCCGACGAAGAAGCGGACAAGAUCAUUGCACAGGCGCUGGAAUGGUUUGGGGAAGCCCUGGCUAGAGAUGCGGAUGAUGGUUCGCUUUGGCGCAAGACUGCUAAGCUUGCUAAGCGGCUAAAGUCGUCACGGUUAACUCGGUUCGCGCUGGAGGCUGUAGUUUCGAGGGGACUGGACUCGGUCUUGAGCCAGUCCACACCCUCUAAUCCAGAAGAACUUUACGCAACUUUCCUCCUUAGAGAUACACUCAAGGAAACAUCUGACGACGUCGGCCUUCAGUCAAAAACAUUCAAAAAGGUUGGAAAUAAGUCGCUGAAUCCGAAGUAUCAGGUCUAUCUGGAGGUCUACCCAUGGCUCAAAGCUUCUUCCCAAAUCACAAUUUCUACAGACCACGAGGGGCAGUACGAUGUUCUCACCGUUUCGAAAAAGAACUGGACAGCUGUGGGUGUUGCAAUACUCGACCGCCUGCAAGAUGAAGACGCAGUAGCCGACCGCUCUGUAGUAAUACAACUAGAAGGAGAGCCUUUGGAGCUUGAAAUACCUGCCCCUACUCCAAUAGCAGAAAUAGCAGUCAAAUUGUCUCCUGAUGGUGACGUCCCAAUGGUCGAUGACCAGGAAAUUGAACGCCCUAUUGCCGCUCGGAGGAGAAGUACUUCAACGAAUGCUAAGAGGAAGGGUUCUGCAGUCCCAGUUGAUGCUGAAGGAAGUACAAGGGCCAGCAAGAGAGUCAGGAACCGCGAGUCUAACGCAGCUGCCGCCGCUGCCGCAGUUAUCACAGAAAUAACCCCUCGAGAAUCGGUAGUGCUUGAAGAUAGGCUCUUUAAAACGGCAAACGAAUUGUUUGCUGAGUUAGGAAUAUCGUUGGGGCCAUCCUCUUUACUGAAGCCUGAUCUUAAGAAGGAGGACGAUGAAGAUAAUGGCUUCUCCGUGAGCGAUAUAUUUAUCAAAGACUUCAAAAGCACGCUAGUAGAAUGGGAUGACGAGAAAGGCAAUGUUGCCCUUUAUGGCGAGGGAAUUAAAAAGCCAGACGAGGAGAUUCUAAGUUUACAGAGUUUUACUCAGGCUGCCCCAAGCGCGACUCAAUCGCAGAGACCAUCGUUACCCGCAGAUGAUGGGCUUCGGCGAUGGAUCCAGAAGUCGAAUAGUCAAAGACUCCAAAUUCCUGAACUUUGCGUUUCUUUUGUUCGCGCUUUACUCUCUGCUGGCAAUGGUGGAAAAGCAAAAUAUUCUGCUUAUUCAUGGUCUGAAACCCUCAAGGACGUGGUUCGCACCCUUUCUGAGUCCCGGAACGAAGAUUUUGAACGCUAUUUUCAGCAACUUCGAGACGACUUGAGCGAGGGGAAUGCUUCGGAGGACUUUAUUAAUGGGGAAGUCGAGGUCGCUCAGUCAUUGUUCGAGCUAUCGUUGGAUAAUCUCUCAUCUAGCGAGCGAGACAGAAACUCGACAGAACUUUCAACAAAUGAAGCUUCUCCGUUGAAGUUGAAGGCUGUUAGGUGGGGAACGUUAGUUGGGGAUCUUAUGAGAUUCCGUGCCCGGGAUGAGGAGAGUAACAUUCAUCUAGACUCUCUAACUCUGCGGUAUCUAUGGGCAAAUGCCGUUCUUGUCCCCUUCACAAACCCCUCACGGGAUUUCCUGUUGGAAUGCUAUGAUGAUUUAAAAGAAACCUUAACACGGUUAGGCAAUCCGACAAUCGAGCUCCCAAAUAGCGCUUCUAUGCCGGAAAUAUCGGUCGCUCGGGCAGAUAGAGAAAUUUCCAAGGCGAAAACUAUGGAUUUCUUCGCAAACAUCUUCUCGUCGGCUGUUCAAAGCACAGACCCUUUCGAAGUAAUCGAGGACCUCGAAAUUAUCCUCGAGCCGAAAGUUGAAGAAUACGACAUCGACGAGGAUGGAAUCAAGAAUAUCCAGGAAAUGACAAAAGUCCUAGAGACAUCAAGUGUACAAGUGAAAGUUUCUCUUUGGCAGAAACUACGAGAUGCUUACAACCGCUUGGGGGACUAUGCUAAUGUUCUGAGGUGCCGGAUCACCUGUAUGAAUAUUAUCGUCAAAGAGUUGAUGAAUCCGGCCUAUUCCGAAAAAUCCGUUGAGAAUAGAACAUUUAUUUUAUUGCGAGCCAUUUUCUGGCUCAAUGAAACGUUACCCGGUAUGGCUGAGCAACUAAUCGGAGACCCUCGAAAACUCUUGAACCUCAACCCAGAACUCCAAAAUAUGGCAUACACCAUCAUACCCCAAAUUCUUCGACUAUUACACGUCUAUGUUUUCUUCGAGGAUGCUGUCGUGUCAGGUGAAAUCACGAAACCAACUCUCCAUUCAUACAGAAUGUUGACAACAGCGAUGAACAAACUCCUUGUCCACUGCUGGUCGAUGAUGUACCUCAUGUAUCGAGGCAAAGUCGAGACUCCGUCGGAAGAUGACUCGACUCAAAUUUGGCAAGAAAAGUGUGUCCGACUUGCCUCGGCGAUACACACAGAAAUUGGGAUUCGCAAUUUAUGCAAGUUGCAUAGUCGAGUCUUUCUCAAAAUUGCGCUUAAAGAUAUUCUGGACUUCGAAAUCCAAGGUUCGGAGCCGGAUCUAGUCCAGUGCUUAAAGUGUGUCUAUAAUUUUGAUGUCGCCCUUGAUCUAUAUGAUGUAGCAGAUCACAAAUGCGACCCAUUGAAACUGGAUCGUGAUACUGCUCUCAAGGUUUUCCCCUUCGUUAUGACUCUCGCUGAAAAGAAGAAAUCUGCGCAAGUUGGGCUCAAGGGCGCCAUGAAAGAGGCCAUGCAGACACUAGUUGAUGUCAUCGGCACACCCUCCGACAGGGAUAAGGAUGUUGCAUAUAACACCAAAAUGCUAGAUGAGUAUAUUGGCUCUCCAAUGAAUCCUCUUCCCUUUUAUGCCUCCCUUCGGGGUGGGAGUACCCCGAACUUCGUUUCGAUUCGAUCUGAUUACGCAAAGGUGGCUGAGAAGGGUUUCUUCUUUGAAUAUGGCAUGUCAUUAUUCCUCCGAUACAAAUUUGCAAAAAAGGCCCAAAACCAAGACGUUGAUGAUGUAGAAGAUGUUGUCAAAUACCUUCGAUAUAAUCUCGUUUGUGGAAACUUCCAGCGCUGGGAGCCGUGGUACCGUCUCGGGCAAUCAUAUGAAUUUCAAUUCGAGGAUGACAUUACCUAUGGAGCCGAGAAGAUCAAUGCGAAGAGAGAUGAGCUGGCUGUCCUUGAGCGGAAAAUAUUGCAUUGUUACUCUAUGGCAAUUGGGCUUAUUUCCGAAGAAGAGGACGAAUCGGAGGAGGAUGCAGCCAACAAGUGUCAAUUAUACAUCGAUUUUGCAAUGCAAGUAUACUCCGCUAUCCGGCCACCUCUCGAACGCGAGGCCUUCCUAGUUGAUGGCUAUGAACGAUACUGCAGUGGUGCAGAGGGUGUGUUCAUGCAGCGAAUACACGGCGACGUCUCGCUCGAAAAUGCCUUGAAAUUCGCCAUCACACUUUUCAAGCGGGCGAUCAAAGAGGGCUCAACUGACUGGAAAAAUUACUAUAUGAUUGCUAAGUGUUACGGGAAGCUUGAAGCAGAACCACAGGUCAUUCUCUCAUAUCUUUCGGACGCUGUCAGCCAGAUCCCUAUUCGGGACAGGGGUGAACAAGUUCUUGAACCUUACUAUAAGCUCGUUGCAUCCGUCUAUAAGUACGCCAAAUCUGGCGAGAUCGCAAUUCAAGAGGCCUACGAACAACUCAAUGCAAACCCAUGGCUCCAAAAGAACCUGAAGGAUCUCGCUCAAGACCCAGUCUCAUUCACGACCUUUGCUAGGGGCAUACACGACCUUCUCAACAAGAUACGAAAUUUAGAUAAGCAAAAGUGGCACCACCGUAUGACGUAUCGAAUGGCGAGAAUCAUGUAUGAUGAUAUUGAAGAUCAUGACAAGGCGCAUAAAGAAAUCUCGACGUUCUUUUCUCACAAGAACCAGCUUUAUACAAUCUGGAAGCCCGAGAAUGAACGCCCCGGGCGACAUUACGUCUAUGUCCAUCAAUACCUGUUAUUCUGGACCCAGAUACUGGGAGAAAUCAAUGAUAAGUCAACACUGGAAGCGCUGGUGAAGAAACUCAAGAAAGCUGGAUCCACUGGCGGAUGUUGGAAACAGCCAGAAGUCUGGGACAAAGUUGUCCUUACAUAUGCCAAAACCCUGCGCCAAGUCAAUGAAAUUGGUGAAAAUAUGGAGACGACGGUAUAUGAGAACGUUACGUACGACGAAUUUAAUACCUAUUCCCAAAAGAUGGAAGAGCAUUAUGAGAAUCCGGAAAACCAGAAGGGCAAAAUGUUUGAAAUUCUUAAGGAUACUUACGAUCUCAAAAAGCUAAAUACGGGACAGACAAAGACCGCUAUGAUUGACGACUUGCUCACUGACACAUUUUCUUUGCUGUAUCAAGAAGUAGUUCCAGACUUGAUCGCUAAGCUUUCAGGGCCGACAAGUACUGCGAGUCCAAAGCUUGGGGCCAACACGAACCCAAUGUCUUUGCAUAAUCUUGUCGAUGGGGUUGAUAGCUCCGCCGCACAAGUUAAUAAUUCGGUCGUCUUAGCAGCAGCUCAUGGCAAGAUCGACGAUUACCUAGGGAGGAAAAUGACGAAAGUUCUGAGAAAAGAUGUCCUGCAGAAGGUCAACUCAAUGUUCAGGAUUAUUUGGAAUGCACAAAACUCUCAAAACGCAGCAAAGUUGAUCAUGGCUGGUAAGGACUCUACCAAGGAAGUAUCCCCGAAGGAGGAUCUGGGUAGGGAAGGUGAUAUUGAAAUGAAGGACAGCCCUAUGAGGGAGAAAUACCCCGAAGACCCGGCUAGCCCAAAUAGUGAGGAUGCCGACGAUGAAGGCGCGGAUAAUUCUGAUGCCAACAUCACUAUGUGA